UCUCUGACCGGCUGAUUACGGUUACGAUUGCGGCUUUAACGGUAGCUGCGUCUUGUUGCUUGAUUCUUCCUAAAAACUGCAUUAUGUCCCGUUAUCGUGACAACGGCUGCCCUCCUGAUUGCAAAGUAUAUGUUGGUGAUUUAGGAAAUAGUGGUACAAAGCAUGAAAUUGAAGAUAGUUUUGGUGCUUAUGGUCCAUUAACCAAUGUUUGGGUUGCUAGAAAUCCACCAGGAUUUGCAUUUGUUGAAUUUGAAGAUUCACGUGAUGCUAGAGAUGCUGUAAGAGCAUUAGACGGAUCAACUAUUUGUGGUCGUCGAGUAAGAGUAGAACUAUCUACUAGACGGUCCAGAAACAAUUACAGAGGUCCACCACCACGCUCUUCUCGUCCUGAUGACCGCUGUUAUGAUUGUGGAGAGAGAGGACACUAUGCACGUGACUGCAAACGUUACAGUAGAAGAUCCCCUGCUAGAAAUCGUCGAAGUAGAUCCCGAUCUCGUGGACGAUCUGCUAGUCGUAGCCGAUCAAAAACUGCUAGUAGAUCUCCAAGUAGAAGUAGAAGUGCUACUCAUAGCCGUUCCAGAAGCAGGAGCAAGUCUGGUUCACGAGGAAGGCCAUGAAGAACCUUUAACCUGAACAUUCUCACGGACAACAUCCAGUGAAGAAAUUUUAACAAUUUUAUCUGGAUUGCAAAUAGUAACCUUUGAACAUAACUAUUAUUUUAUGUGGGGAAAAAGGAUAAAUAUAUUCCUUUUUGUUUUACAAUCAUUUGUAAACUGAAAUAUUGUUAAGCAUUUUCACAUUUCAAUUUAUAUAUUUCACACUAAUGUUUUGAAAAUAUUGUCAUGACUCCACAAAAUUUUUUUUUUUUUUGGGGGGGGGGGGAGGUGACUAAAAUUGAAAGAAAUAGAUAUGUAACAAAAAUUUUAAAUUUUUUGCGACACAAAAUGUAUGACACCUUAGUGUUAAGAACGAUAAAAGCAAUUAUUUUUAAUGAUAACUUUUGUCCUGGUAGAUUAGUACUUGAUUAUUAAUUUUGGUUAUUUAAUAUCAGUUUUAAACAUCAAAUAUUGGAAUUUGAGGUAUAUGUUCAAAAUAUUUUUGAAUUUGAACUUAAUUUCAAAUGUAUAUGAAAGAAUGUAUACUUUUCAAGUUGGCUAGUAAAUGUGUUUUACUUUAUAAUCCACUUAUCACCAAAAAUUCAAAUUUUGAAUUUGGUACAAUUGUAUCUUUAUACUUGAUUAUUUCCACACAACUUCAUUUUACAAUGAAGUUUUAUGUUUGAAAUUAACUUAAAUAGACGGGUUCCUGAGAUGUUUGUUUUAUAAAAUAAAAAAAAAGAAAAGGAAUUUGUAUAUGUAAUCUGCUAAUAGAUUUAUGAAACAUGUAUCAUUUUUUUAUGUUGAAAUAAAUAUUCAGUUCUUUAGCUUUAUUUUUUUUUAUUUAAUACAAAGAAAUAUGUACAUGAAGCAUAUAAUGAACUCCAAAACUUUUGCUUAAAAGUUAGCAUGUUAUAAUAUUAAAAUUUUGUUCAAUACCCAUCACAAUUGAAUAAAUAUAGCAAUAUAUUAGCAAUGAAAUGUUCAGGAGCAUAUUAUAUAGGUCACAUUUGCAUUAACUAUGUCAUUAACAUUAACUUUAGUAUUUCUAAAAACAAUGAUGAAAAACAUGGUUUUCUUAACACAUUUUUAGACUUUCAGCAUACUUGCCAACCUUUGAAGAAAAAAAAAACAGAUUCCACUAGAGGUAUAUAGAAGAUUCACCAGUGACAUAUCUUCACAACAGAAUGAUUAAAUUAUGCUUUUAACGUAAAUACUAAAUUAAAGUGAAAUGGGGAUUUUUCGCAGAUGUAAGCUAAUUGGUAGCAGCAUGAAAAAUAAACUGAAAAGGAAAAACAAAUAAUGAGUGAAUUUUCCUUAAAGUUUCGUACAUUUCCCGGUCUGUACCGAAAAAAUAGCUACAAAAAUUUAAUUACUAAAAUCCGGAAGAAAAAAGUUAAUACAUAAUGAAAAUAAAAUAUAAGUAUCUAUAGGGUCGAACAUGUUGAAUUAGCUUCAAACUUUCAAAAUAAUUGAAACCUGCUGCUAUUUUCGGCAAAGCACGUGCUUCGUUGAACAUGCAAUGUGGAAAGCUUCCAAAAAAUUAUUUUUUACCAAAUGAGUUAUUAAUUGGAAAAAUUCUUAUUCCCUAACAUUGGUACACUAGAAAAGGGCGCAAUCUAUUGAGAAGAAAGUGAAAUUUUCUGAUGAUUGACUGCAAAAACAGGAGAAAUUCGUAGAAAACGGGAAAUCGGGAGAUGGAAGCAACAAAUGGAAGUCUCCCGAUGAAAACAGUAGAGUUGGCAAGUAUGCUUUCAGCAAUCACAAAAUUUUACAUUAUAGCUGCCAACAUUAAGGGGAUUUCUUGGUUCCUAUGCUUUUAAAAAACCUUGAAAUCUGCUUACAAUAUGAAAAAGUGUCUUUUGUCCUUGAAUUUUGUUUUAAACAAAUUUUUUGUAAAGAUGACCAUUUUUGCCGCAAUUUUUUAUGGAGGUUCUCCGAUUACAGGGGUAAAAAAUCAAAAAUUCAUUUGUGUAUUAGCAAAAAUGUCAUUUUUGUAUUAGGAUAACUUACGGUUUUGUAAGAAAUUUUUGAACAUGAUCACUACACAAUAUAAAGCAAAUGCAAAAUACUUGUAGCAAAAAAUACAUAAUUUUUAAAAUCCACUUUGGUCACUUAAAAGUGUGCAGAAGAUACUAUUGGUAAAAGUAUGAUUAACUAAAUACGCACUUAACUAGUAUCUUAAUUUAGUUGUUUCAUAGCAUUUGUUACAAACAUUUAUCACACACAACUAUAGCAUUUAAGUUAAGAAUUGUUUCUUAAAAAACAUUUAUACCAUCACAGCAAAGUUUUAAACUGGAUUUCAUCAGUCCUUAAUUUUUAAAUAUUUUACUCUUAUUGUCAUUUUAGGUGAGUAAAUAGACACUCAUCCUUACUGCCCACUAUUAAGAUUGAUUUUGAAGCUUUUGUGUGUUUUGUUUAAGGUUAUGUCUAAAAUGCUGAAACUUUUAGAUGAACUAGAACAAAAUCAGCAUUUAUUAUUUUAUUGUUGCUAAAAAGUUCAAUCAUGAGCUACUCCUUGAAAAUAGCUCAUUCUAUAAUUGAAUAGUCAUUAAAAUAAUUUCUUAUUUUGUGUAUGAAAUAAACCAUGGAUUUAUACAUAAAAUUAGGGAAACAUGGGAAGAAUAAGUUUGAGUGUAAAAAGGAGUUUUAAAAUAAAAGUAGGGAUAGGACUUGAUAUUCAAUGUUUGAAAAUCCUGCAGGAACCGAGAUUUAGAAAUUCAGAUUACUUUUGUUUUUUGGAAUUUAAAAACUUAAUUUUUUUUUUUUUUUUAAGAUUUGAAAAAAAAUACAUUCAGAAGUUUUUCUCCAAUAUGCAGUAACAUUACAAGUAACAAACAUUUUUACAGCAGAUAAAAAUUGCGAACUUUUUAACCACAUUUUAAAAAGAAGUAAAAUGACAUAAAUAUGUUUAAAAAGUCAUCCAGUGUGACUCGAGCAAGAAAAAGUUUUUGGAAUAGCAAUAGUUUUAUCCCAUCGGGAUUUAAAAUUCCUUUUUUAAGAAAUUUCAUUAUUUUAAUGAUAUUUACUUCAUUAGAGAAUUCAGGGGAAGGCUUCAAGAUUCUGGAACCUCCCAAAUGAAUCCAGAGAGUUGGCAGCUAUGCUACAUUGAUGUAUGCAAGAUGAUCUCAUGUGUUGUCCUUAACUUUGUUUUCAUUCCUUGAGUAAAAGGCUUACACUUAAGCAACUACCAUUAAAAGGUAAUAUGUAAUACAGUGAAACCUCCGAAUAGCGGACAGCCAAGGGACUAGAAGUUUUGUCCGUUAUUGGGAGGUGUCCGCUAUUAGGAGGAACUACUUAAUUUACCUUUUUCAAAAUGGGCUGUUGUUCCCUUUGUAGAACAUAAUCGAAACAAUUGCGAAAGGUUUACUACAUUUUACAUCAAGUGUAGUUAAUCUGUUUGGAGUAAUACCCCACUUAUUGAGAAGUUCCUUGCACGAGCAGCUCUGAACCAUUUCAUGACAACCUCGUCGAUUUCACUGGUUUCUGUUUUGCGAAACUUUACAUUUUUUCAAUUUUCAUUCGAACUCACAAUCCACAAUUAUCUAAUUUCGUCUUUAUCUUUUAAAAUUUCGCUGAUUUGAAUUUUCCCAACUUGAAAACGAUCGGCAAGACAACGCACACUUAUUUUUUCUUUUUCGGCAACAUCCAAAACAUUAAUUUUUUCUUUCGAUGUCAGUUUCUUUCUUUUAGUUGCCAUUUUAAAACUCAAAUAGUAUUGUCACACAAAAAAAUCAAGCAAAUCAACACGAAUAUGCCCGCUCCUUCAGGAAAGUUUGCAACUGCAAAGCUACGAUUGCUACAUGAAAAGCAGUUUCGCUUGCCUGGGAUAUUCAUCUCAGGGUAUGAAUAUCCCAUUAUCAACAGCGGCGAUUCGGCGGAGCAACCCCCUCCCCCCCCCCCCCACACACACUUUUUAUGGUUAAUUUAUUUAUUUUAUCUCGAGUCACUAUUGCAUGAUUGACUGUUGGCAAUAUGACCUUGAAUAUGGGCAAAUCUUUUUCAUAUCUAAAAAUUAAACAACCCAACGAAACCACGGCACCAUAAAGCCGACUACUACCGGCGCCGGUCUGUUCAAUUGCAUCUCCCGAGAGACCCAGUUAGAAAAAGCGCCCAGUUUCCUCUUUUUUAUCUUAACUUUUAAAUAGUUAUUGUAUACAAAAUUCAAACGUACAUUAUUUGUUAGACUGAGAUUAGUAUUCACUUAUCUACUUCAAUACUCUCAAAACUAGCCAUAACAAAAUUGACUUUUUUUUCUUUUUUCAUUUUUUGCUGCCGGCAAAAAAUACCAUGUCUUUUAGUUCUUUUUUUUCUGCCCUCAACUUUUAAGCCCCAAUCGCUGCCUCUGCCCAUUACCACCCUUUUAAUUCCAAGAAAGAGUGAUAAGGGAAUGACGGGGGGGGGGGGGAUAUCAGUUGUGGAUGAUGAAAAGCUUUGUAAGGCAAGCAGUUACUAAGAUAUUCUGUGAAAAGAAAAAAACCCGGAAGUGCUACGAUCGCAAGGGAAAUUUUU